AUGAAUAACAAUCAUAACGAUCCGAAUGGAAACGGUUACUACCAACACGAUCAAAACACACCUACGAGAAACCAAGACAUUUACAAUACCGACACUUCCUACCAACCGAACCAAGCUUACGGAUAUGAAGAGCAUGAUCAACAGUACCAACAUCAACGAGAAGUAAAUGGUUACUCGUCUAAUGACAAUGUCGAAGAGACUUACGAAUUGAAUAAUCAUAUUUUACCCACAGAAGCAAUACGUACAGACCUUCAUUCAUAUAUACCUGUGCAACCUCUACAGUUCGAGGCCCCCGGACAAUCAAAUACCUAUGAUAAUUUUAUCAAUACUCGUCCCGCCCCUCCAGCUGCCCAGAAUGGAACAGCGAACCAGCAAUAUACAGAUAUAUUUGUCCCUCACGUUGACAGUGUAAAUAAUAACAUUCCCUAUCAAAAUCAAAAUCAAAAUCAGAUUCAACAGGAGAUACCUUCUAUAAAUAUCAUUCAAACAACCCCGGAUCUAACACAAGCAACUACACUACCUCAAGCGUCCUACUUCCCAGAACACCCAAGGCAUCACAACCAAAAUCAAUAUUUCAAUGACGAAGAUUUGUAUUAUAACCAUAAUUUAUCAAACAGUCCUGAAAAUAAUGGAAGGUCAUCUGUAAGUAUGAAUUCAAGUAUUGAUAAUUUUGAUGAAAAUUUAACCUCGAAACCAAUCUUACAACAACAGCAAAAUCAAUAUAUACUUAAUGAUGACCCAUUACAGUACCAUUAUCAGCAACAACAAAAUCCAAGUUCAGAUUUCCAAAAUGAAGAUCCUGAAGCAAUCUAUGUAGAUCAACAUGGGGACGAUUACCCAAUCAAUUCAUACUUAAAUAAUCAAGGUGAAAUUGUUGACCCUUAUACAAGAACUACUACCUUAUCCUCAGAGAUACCAAGCGCCAUACCGCCACCUAUGCUAUCACACAGAGAUUUAGGGGAAUAUGAAGUAGAAGAUAAUAAUAGUAGUAAUGAAGACGCAAACACUAUAGACAAAAUUAGAUUACAUACCACUUCAAAAUCAGCAAUAUCCUUAAACUCUUCAUCAUCUCUAUCACAAACUUCACAAUCAAAUUUACUAGAUGAAUCCAUUCCUCGAAAUGAUAGUAACAGAUGGUUACCAAAACGUACAGCAACUCAAUUACGUAGAUUUAAAUUAUGGAACGGUAAUUUUAUUUUUGAUUCUCCGAUCAGUAAAACUUUGAUUUCUCGUUAUUCAACAGCUCAAGAUUCGUUAUCCAAUGAAUUUAAAUUCAUGAGAUAUCAAGCUGUAACGUGUGAACCGAACCAUCUACUUCAAAAAAAUUUUACCGUUAGACAAUUAAAAUACCUGACCCCGAGACCAACGGAAUUAUUCAUAGUUAUCACAAUGUAUAAUGAGGAUCAUAUCCUCUUAGGGAGGACUUUAAAAGGUGUAAUGGAUAAUGUCAAAUGCAUGGUGAAGAAAACACAUUCAAGUACAUGGGGUCCGGAUGCAUGGAAAAAAAUCGUAGUUUGUGUUGUAUCAGAUGGUAGAUCCAAGAUUAACCCUAAAUCAUUAGCUUUAAUGAGUUCAUUAGGUUGCUAUCAAGAUGGGUUCGCUAAGGAUGAAAUUAAUGAUGAAAAAGUUCAAAUGCACGUUUAUGAACAUACUACAAUGUGUAACAUUACUAAUGUUAACUCUGAAACUGGUAUCGAUUUGGAAUGUAACUCAAGCACUGUGCCGAUACAAUUAAUGUUUUGUUUAAAAGAACAAAAUCAGAAGAAAAUUAAUUCUCAUAGAUGGGCUUUUGAAGGGUUUGCUGAACUAUUACAACCUAACGUGGUUACAUUGUUGGAUGCAGGUACAAUGCCAGGGAAAGAUUCCAUUUAUCAAUUAUGGAGAGAGUUCCGUUCACCUAAUGUUGGUGGUGCUUGUGGUGAAAUUAAAGCUGACCUGGGGAAAAACUUCACAAAACUAUUGAAUCCAUUGGUGGCGUCUCAAAAUUUCGAAUAUAAAAUGUCAAAUAUUUUGGAUAAGACAACUGAAUCAAAUUUUGGGUUUAUCACCGUUUUACCCGGUGCGUUUUCUGCUUAUAGAUUUGAUGCUGUCAGAGGUGAACCGCUACAAAAGUAUUUUUAUGGUGAAACCGUUGAAUCAGAAGGAACCCAUUUUUUCUCAUCAAAUAUGUACCUGGCAGAAGAUCGUAUCUUAUGUUUUGAAAUUGUUACAAAGAAACAUAGUAACUGGGUUUUAAAAUAUUCCAAGAGUGCUUUUGCAUCAACUGAUGUUCCAGAGACUAUUCCUGAAUUUAUUUUACAAAGAAGGAGAUGGUUAAAUGGGUCGCUCUUCGCUAGUAUUUACUCAUUUUGCCACUUCUAUAGGAUAUGGACGAGUGGACACAAUAUUGGGAGGAAAUUGCUAUUGAACUUUGAAUUUAUAUAUUUAUUUUUCAAUACUUUAAUGUCGUGGUUUUCACUAAGUUCCUUCUUCCUCGUUUUCAGAAUUCUAACAUUAUCAAUCGCAUUAACGUAUCGUUCUCCAUUUGGAGUAUUAUCCGUGGUAUUUUUAUGGUUAUAUGGUGUUUCUAUAUUUUCCACUUUUAUUUUAUCGCUUGGUAAUAAACCAAAAAGUACAGAGAAGUUUUAUAUCCUGUCAUGUUUAUUUUUCGCUGUCUUAAUGAUCUAUAUGACAUUUUGCAGUAUAUUCAUGAGUGUCAAAUCAUUUGAAAACAUACUAAAUGAAGAGAACAUUACAUUCCGCAGUUUAUUUUUAUCAGAAGCAUUUAGGGAUAUGAUCAUAUCCAUGGCAUCCACAUAUGCUCUUUAUCUAUUAAGUUCCAUCGUGUACUUACAACCAUGGCAUAUGUUGACAAGUUUUGUUCAGUAUCUAUUGUUCAGUCCAUCGUACAUUAACGUUUUAACCAUUUAUGCCUUUUGUAAUGUUCAUGAUAUUUCAUGGGGUACUAAGGGAGCAGUCGCCCAGAAACCCUUGGGUAAAAUUAAUACGAAGGAAGAUGGUACUUUCCAAAUGGAAAUUCUUGUCUCCAGUGAAGAAAUUCAAGCUAAUUAUGAUAAAUACAUGGAAUUAUUAACUGCCCAAGAAAAGGAAGAUGAGAAUUCGAAUACAGAAUCUGUUGAAGAGAAGAAGACAGGUUAUUAUGCUAAUGUCAGAUCGUUAGUCAUUAUCUUUUGGGUUAUGACCAAUUUUGCCAUUGUUGCUGUUGUUUUGGAAACAGGUGGUAUUGGCGAAUAUCUCGCAAUGAAACCAAUGAAAAAAGGCGAUAUUGAACAAACCACUGAAGUCAGGUUAAUGUCUGAGAGAGCUACGACAUAUUUUGCCGUUAUAUUAUGGUUGGUUGCACUGUCCGCAUUGAUUCGUUUCAUUGGCUGCAUCUCAUAUGUAAGUACACGGUCAAUAAGGAAAUUACUUCGUAGAUAA